ACAGAGCUGCCGGCGAAGCGAGAGCCGAGGCUGUAAACGUGGCUGGGAGGCUGAAACAGGUUUAGAGAGCGGCGAGGGAGGAGCUGCUCCGGGACAGGGACAGGGGCAGGGGCUGGAGUGAUACACAUACAUAUAUACACACACACACACACACACACACACACACACACAGGCAUACAGACAGACACAUACGCGCGCACACACACACAUACACAGGCAUAGAGACAGACAUAUACGCGAGCACAUACACAGCACACACACACAGGCAUACAGACACACACACACAAACAAACAGGAGGGUUAGAGAGAGAGGCAAAUAGAGACAAGCAUAAAGAGAGAGAGACACACAGACACACACAGGCAGGAAGACAGUGGGAGAGGUACUUGCAGAGAAACACACAGAUAAGGGGGAGGCAGAGACACAGAGAGUUUCACGCAGACACGUGUGGUGUUGGUGAGAUCUGUGAGAACAGAGGGUGAUCAGUCGCUGAGAGACGAGCAGGACCGGGGAGGAUCGGAGCGACUGAGAGGGAUCGGGAGGAGCACUGCCCUGGGCUGCGGUGACAGGGACCCCGUGGCGCUGGGGGUCUGACCGGGGGUUGGGGGGCUGCAGGGAAUGAAGCCGAUGCAGAGGCUGCUGCAGCUGCCGGUGACAGCCGGCCUACUGAAGCCACUGUGCCCCGAGGAGAGCCGGUGCCCGGUGCUGAGUCCGGAGGGCGGACCGCAGACCUGGUACAGCGCGGUGCAGCCUGAUGAGCUGAGGCUGCUGAGGAGCCCACCAGAGCCCGAGCACCAGGGCCAAGGCCAGGACCAGGACACGGUCGAAACAGGCUCUGCAAUACUCUUCCGACACGAUGACCUGAAGGAGAUGCUGGACAGCAAUAAGGACUCGCUGAAGCUGGAGGCGAUGAAGAGGAUUGUAGCGAUGAUCGCCAGAGGGAAGAAUGCCUCUGACCUCUUUCCUGCAGUGGUGAAGAACGUUGCCUGCAAGAACAUUGAGGUGAAGAAGUUGGUUUACGUUUACCUGGUUCGAUAUGCAGAAGAACAACAAGACUUGGCCCUGCUCUCCAUCAGCACCUUCCAGCGGGGGUUAAAGGACCCGAACCAGCUGAUACGAGCCAGUGCUCUUCGUGUCCUCUCCAGCAUCCGUGUCACCAUCAUUGUUCCUAUUAUGAUGCUGGCCAUCAAGGAAGCUGCUUCAGACAUGUCUCCCUACGUCAGGAAGACAGCUGCUCACGCCAUUCCCAAGCUAUACAGUCUGGACCAGGAUCAGAAGGAACAGUUGAUCGAGGUGAUUGAGAAGCUGCUGGCCGACAAAACCACGCUGGUCGCCGGGAGUGUGGUGAUGGCUUUCGAAGAGGUGUGCCCCGAGCGCAUUGACCUGAUCCACAAGAACUACCGGAAGCUGUGUAACCUGCUGAUCGACGUGGAGGAGUGGGGCCAAGUGGUCAUCAUCAACAUGCUGACUCGAUACGCUCGGACUCAGUUCCUCAACCCUAACCACAACGAGACCUUACUGGAAGACAACCCAGAGAAGGCCUUUUAUGGCUCAGAUGAGGAAGAUUCCAAGCAGGAGGAGGUGGAUCCAACUGUGCUUCCCAAGCGGAAACCCUACGUGAUGGACCCAGAUCAUCGCCUGCUGCUUCGCAACACCAAACCCCUCCUCCAGAGCCGGAAUGCUGCGGUGGUGAUGGCCGUAGCCCAGCUCUACUUCCACCUGGCACCCAGGGCAGAGGUCGGAGUCAUCGCCAAGGCCCUGGUCCGUCUGCUGCGCAGCCACAGUGAGGUGCAGUACGUGGUUCUGCAGAACAUUGCCUCCAUGUCGAUCAAACGCCGGGGAAUGUUUGAGCCUCAUCUGAAGAGUUUUUACAUCAGGUCCACAGACCCUACCCAGAUUAAGGUGCUGAAGUUGGAGGUGCUGACAAACCUGGCCAGUGAAACUAACAUAUCAACGAUUCUCCGGGAAUUCCAGACGUACAUCAAGAGCCAGGACAAGGACUUUGUGGCAGCCACCAUUCAGGCCAUUGGCCGCUGUGCUACCAACAUCGAUGAGGUCCGGGACACCUGCCUUAAUGGCCUAGUCCAACUGCUAUCCAACAGAGAUGAGCUGGUGGUGGCAGAGUCCGUGGUCGUCAUUAAGAAACUGCUGCAGAUGCAGCCUGCGCAGCACAGUGACAUCAUCAGGCACAUGGCAAAGCUCAUCGACAACAUCAUGGUACCAAUGGCCAGGGCCAGCAUACUUUGGCUAAUCGGCGAGUAUUGCGAGCACGUGCCCAAGAUCGCACCUGACGUACUACGGAAGAUGGCCAAGUCCUUCACCAGCGAGGAAGACAUUGUGAAACUGCAGAUCAUUAACUUGGCUGCCAAGCUCUACCUCACCAACUCCAAACAGACCAAACUGCUGACCCAGUACGUUUUGAACCUGGCCAAGUAUGACCAGAAUUACGACAUCCGUGACCGGGCUCGCUUCAUUCGCCAGCUCAUCGUCCCCACGGAGAAGAGCGGUGUGCUGAGCAAGUACGCAAAGAAGCUGUUCCUGGCCCAGAAGCCUGCUCCCGUGCUCGAGUCUUCCUUCAAAGAUCGGGAUCACUUCCAGCUUGGCUCCCUGUCCCACCUGCUCAACAGCAAGGCCAGUGGAUACCAAGAGCUGCCCGACUGGCCGGAAGCAGCCCCUGACCCUUCAGUCCGUAAUGUUGAGAAGGAAGUGUCCAUGGAGCCGGAGGUGCGGAUCGGCUUGCUGGGAGACUGGAGAGAGGUUCCAGAAUGGACCAAGCCCAGCGGCCGAGAGAAAAGGAAGGAGAAGGUGGAGAAACCAUUCUACUCUGAGUCGGAGGGAGAGUCUGAACCCACCGAGUCAGCGGACAGCGAGUCUCCCAGCACCAGCGAGUCGGAGAGCAUGAGUGAAAUUGAAAGUGAGAGCGCCUCGGGCAACGACGAGAAGAGUGACGAGGAGGGGAAGUCCGACAAGCAGAGGAAGAAGAAAGCAAAGAAGGAGAAGAGCAAACAGAAAGAUGAAAGUGAGGACAGUGGGCAGAGUGAGGGAGAAGAGCGGGUGAAAAAGCAGAAAGUGGAGGGGUCGAGCUCCUCAUCAGCCUCAUCUUCUGAGGAUAGCACUUCUGAAGACAGCUCUUCCGAAUCUGAGUCAGAGGAAAACUCGGAAUCAGACACUGGGAAAAAACACAAGACCAAGUCUUCCUCCUCCAAAUCACCCUCUGAAGCAUUCAAGGAUAAAGAGAAGGAAAUCUCCCUCCUUGACCUCGACGAUUUCAGUGGACCCUCCGUCCUACCAACCACCCCAUCACCUAACACGUUCUCCAAGAGUCUCAACCUGGAUCUACAGGGACUAACCUUGUCCAACUCCACCCUGCCAUCAGAGGUGUUGAGUCCCUCUCUCGGCAAGGUGAAGACGUUCGAGCUGCUGCACCGGCUGACAGGCGAAGGGCUGUCGGUGCGCUACCACUUCACCCGGAGACCCUUCAGUCCCGACCAGGCCAUGGUCUCCGUCCAGAUGCAGUUCACCAACAACUCCGAGAUGGAAAUCCGGCAGCUCCGCAUCAGCGAGCCCAAGCUGCACUCGGGAAUGAGGAUACAAGGGUUCAAGGAGAUUGAUGUCCUCCCGCCUGGUGAAGUUGCCUUGGAAACAAUGGGCAUUGACUUCUGUGAUUCCACGCAAGCGGCCAACUUCCAGCUGUGCUCCCAGACCCGGCAGUUCUACGUGUCCAUCCAGCCGCCUGUGGGAGAGUUGAUGAUGCCAGUCUUCAUGACCGAGAACUCUUUCAAAAAGGAGCAAGAACAGCUGUUAAACCCCAGCACUGGAAAGCUAAUGGGAAUGAAUGAAAUCAACGAGAAACUGACCCUUGGGGAGCAGUGUCGGACUGACCAAGCCAUUGUCCAGCAGGUGAUGUCAACCGCUAACCUCGGGCGGGUACCCUGUGGCCAGAGCACUGAGUACAGGUUUGCUGCUCGGACUGUGAGUGGUGGUGCUUUGGUCCUCAUUUCCCUGAUAACCAAGGAUUCCGGUGCUGCUCAGCUGACUGUGAACUGCGAGAAGAUGGUGAUUGGUACGAUGAUGGCGAAGGACAUAAUGGAAGCACUAACACAGUGACAUCCACCGCCAAUCCCUCGGUGAGAUGGAGCUCCUCCCCCCACCACCACCCCCGUCAGCAUUUGCAUUCUGUGCAACCUCCAGUGAAACCACUAACUGCAGGAGGAACAGGCGAAGUGACCCGGACUGAAGAGCAACUGCUCUAUUGUCCCAUGAAGGGAUUCAUGAGUGGCUGAGAGGCAUCCAGGCUGCUGAUGUUGCUGCAAUGCUUUACAGACAAGUAGUCAAUUAUUUUGUGAAGAACAUUGCCCCUUUAUUUGAUGUGGGAUCCCUGCUUCCACCCCCCACCUCCCUCCCCACCCAUUCUCCACAGGUACAUCUGAGAAGCAAGUGGAACACAGAAGCUGAAUCAAGUUCAUUAUCAGUGACGUAUGUCGUGAAAUUUGUUGUUUUGUGGCAGCAGUACAGUGCAAUACAUAAUGAUUAUUUAAAUUACAAUACAAAUAUAUAAUAAAUAAGUUGUGCAAGAAGAGAACAAACUGUGAGGUAGUAUUCAUGCGCUCAUGGACGGUUCAGAAAUCGGCUGGCGGAGGGAAAGAAGCUGUUCCUAAAUCGUGGAGUGUGGGUCUUCGGGCUACUCUACCUCCUCCCUGAUGGUAGUCAUGAUAAGAGUGUGUCCUGAAUGGUGAGGGUCCCUCAUGAUGGAUGCCUUCUUCUUGACGCAUCACCCUUUGAGGAUGUCCUCGGUGCCGGGGAGGCUGGUGCCCAUGAAGGAGCUGGCUGAGUUUACAACUUUCUGCAACUUUCUCUGACCUUUGACACCUCCACACCACGCAGUGAUGCAACCCGUCAGCGUGCUCGCCCUGUAGAAAUUUGCUAGAAUCUUCGGUGAUAUACCAAAUUUCCCCAAACUCCUAAUGAAAUAUAAAACAAAGAACAGUACAGUACAGGCCCUUCGGCCCACAAUGUUGUGCUGACCCUUUAACCUACUCGAAGCAAACACUUCCCCCUCACAUGGCCCAGCAUUUUUCUUUCAACUAUGUGCUUAUUCAAGAGGCUGUCAAUGUCCCUAAUGUAUCCGGCUCUACCACCAGCCUUGGCGGUGCAUUCCACACAGCCACCGCUCUGUGUUUAAAAAUAAACGACGACCAGCAUCCCUGCACCCCCCACAGCAUCCUCCAAUUACCUUAUGCCCUCUUGUAUCAGCCAUUACCAUCCUGGGAAAGAGGCACUGGCUGUCCACUCUAUCUAUGCCUGUCGCCAUCAAAACAUUUUGCACGAAGGAGGUGCCACUCAAUAUUAGGGAAGUUAAAGUCACCUGUUACUUUUUGCAACUUUCCAAAAUCUGCCUCCUGAUUUACUCCUCAGUGUCUCUGUUGUUUUUUUUGGGGGGGGGUGUGCUUGGAGGUCUCGUGAAUACUCCCAGUCGAAUGAUUGCUUCCUUCACCUUUCUCACCUCCACCCACACUGCCUCAGUAGACAAUCCCUUCAUGAUGUCCUCUUUCUCUGCAGCAAAUGCAAUCAAUGUUAAUUCUGAAUUUUCAUCAUGUGUGAAUAAUUCUUUUGGCGUUCCCUCCCCAAAUCUCUCUCCUUUCUUAAAGCUUAAUGUUUGCACAAAACUUUCAGUAAUGAUCCUUUUUGUAGUGAGUCUAGGCAAUACAGUACUCUGAGCUCGUUGGUCUCCAGGACCAGUCUGUCUGUAGCCUUGGGAUACUUGGGUCUCUAGAACUGAAUUACCUGUAGCUUCUUAGCCUCCAGAUCUGGUUGCCCUGCAACUUUGAGUUAAUUGGUGUCUCAGGUGGUCUGCCUGUAGCUUUGGCAUUCUUGGUCACCAGGAUUGGUUUGCCUGUAGCCUGGGAUACGUAGUCCCCAUGGAUGGGAUGUACGAGUGCAUUGACUUAGAAAUUGGCAUUAUCCCCGACUGACAGGUGUUUUUGCCAUUUCUAUUAAACUGCACCAUCCACAAACAAAACACAGUUGUCUUAGCAAUCCCUGCAUAUCACAUGUAAUUUGUAAGGAUCAAAGUUUAUUUCUUGUUAGAGGCCAAGAAUUUAAUUUGUUUGAGAGCAAUGGUUUCCAAAGUAUUGGUGUAUCUAAGGAGGGAAUCUGCAUUUUAGGGAGAACUUCCUCGCUGCCUAGGAACUUCUCAGUUACCGCGACAUCAUUUUCUAGCAGCAGACAGUCCCUGGGCUGAGUCAACAGCCAAGAGGUGCCAAGGGUCUCUCCUGCUUGUGUUGCUAAUUGCAGGCAACUCUUUGAAUAGCUCUGAAGCAGAGAACACUUUCUCUCCCUGGAUGGGGCCCUGUGGACUCAACACACUUAUGAUGAAGGUCAACACACAAAUGUGGCUGGAUGUUGGGACUUGGUCCAGGGGAAGGAAGCAAGUCUAGUGGAUGCAUUUGGUGUCAAAAUGGAAAACCUAACAUCCCAUUUCAGGCAAGAAGCACAUCUGGGUUGGCCUGCAUGACUAAACGCCAUAUGAUUGAUUAGUUUAUACGGAUCACUUUAAUUGAUGAUUGUAGCAGCCAUGUUGUUCCAAUUGUUCCAAUUAACCAAUAAGACAAUCUGAAUUAUGGAUCAUGUUUCACAAAUAGUUUUCUCAAAGACUCCUGGCUGACCAGUUCCAGCUCAGUGCUUCUCGGGCAAUGCAAAUCAAUUAUUUGCAAUAUUUUUCAAAAGAAACAACAAUGCAAUGUAGUCUUCAGAAGAAGUGGAGGUAGAAUAGUGUUAGGUCAAGUGGAAGUUAUUUCUUCAUCUUUACCUGGUCCCAUCACCUACCCAGACUUGCACUGAUCUGCCUGAUAGCUGCGCUUAGUCAACAGGGCCUCAUCAAGAGAGAGAAGUGUUUACUGUCUUGGAGCUGUUCAAAGAGACCCUCAGCAUCUCUCGGCUAUUGAUUUUUUUUAGAAGAGGCACUUGGCACCUCCUUGCUCCUGGUUUGGCCCAACAUAAAGACAUAUCCUUUGACAUUAUCUUUUAUAUUAUAAAUUGCUUUUUCAAUGAUAAUGGAACUAAAUAAAUCUGUCACACUGACAUUAUACCCUCCUGUGCCAAUUACACUGCAUCGUGGAUGUGUAAAUUAUGAAUUGGAAAUUUAGACUUCAGUAAAUGAAAAGUAAUGCAAAAUAAAAUUCAGCAAAUUUGAGAUUUUUUUUUCAUCAGUCAAAUCUGAUUUACUUAUUCAAGAGGCAAAACCAUAACUGCAGUUACUGGAAAUCUGAAAUAAAAACAGAAAAUGCUGCUGUUAAUCAGCAGAUCCAGCAGCAUCUGUGGGGAGAGAGAACUGUGCAGCUCAUCAGAAUUAAAUAGAAUAGACCGAGUGAGUCCAUUCUCUGCUCUCAUUAGUUAGGUUUUUUGUCGAGCUUGAAUUCUGUUGAGAUAAAAUGCAAGCACAUUAUCACAUGAAUAACACUUCCUAUAAAAAGGACUUUGGAUAUCACAUCUAAUUAAAAUAUAUUGCAUAACGGUGAUUUGUGCAGACUGAACAUUCAAGUGGGGAAAUGAGCAACACAUUUAAUGGUUUGAGUGUAUAGGUGUGUUUAAAAUUGCUUUGGAAGUAAAGAAUGCUGCAUUUUCAUUAUUGUACAUUGUAAUUUAUGUUCUUGUCUAGACUCAACACACUUUGUCUAUGAUUCCUCUUUUCAUUCAUCCAAAUUUUAACUUCCACCUCCUGAAAGACUGAGUGGAGAACAAAAGAAACUGAAGCUGUUCUGCCUGUCUGUGUUCACUGUGUCAUUCAGUUAGAUCACAAAGGGUUUGGGGUUCAAUCCCAGCUCCGUGUCCCCU